AUGUCGCCAGUAACCAGAGAAACAAUCCAGGCGAGACGGAAUAGACUGUCGUCUGUUCCUAGAGCGUGCGAAGCAUGCAAGAUUCGCAAGGUUCGCUGCGACCGCACCACCCCAUGUGCAAACUGUCAAGCGUCCAAUAUCACUUGUCGACAUCCAAACGACAGAUCGAAAAGUCAGUUGCAGGCUGAUAAAGUAGCCAAUCUUGAAGAUACUAUAGGGCGCCUCGAGGGACGCCUUCAGACCGUCGAGUCCAGACUCGCUGCCCUCGAGCCAUCGCAGCGGACUACCUUGGCUGGGGAUUCGGAGAACUUGGAUGUCUCACAUCGUGCAUCUGGUUCAAUUCAGGAUGGCCACCCGUUUGAAGGCACUUCUUCGUUCACAAAGCAGUCCCUCGCAGCAAGUGAAAGCGCUCAAGUGGUAUCCCUCUCCAUCAACACCGGUGAUGACUCGGCGUUACAUCAACUUCAGAAAGCUGUCACAAUCCCACAUACCCUUGCGAAAUGUGAUUUCUUGUUUCACAAGUCAGUUUCGACAUUGGCACGGCCAGUUCAGCCUCUGCCUGUCGCCCUGGUAGCUUGCAUCCUGCGACGAAUGAGAGCCCGCCGUCCAAUUUUCCUGUCUUCAUAUGCCAUCAGCGAUCUAUCAUUAAUCGAGAAACUAUGCCAAAGAGUCUACUUUCAAACAGACGCAGCAUCGCUGAGCGACAUUGCUAGUGUACAUGGAGUUUUGCUUUUCGUCACGAAAGAAUUUAUUGCAAUGAAAGAUGAGCUCUGUGAGAAAUUUGACCUUGCUACCUACCUGGACUACUGUGAACAAAACUUCGUCGCCGCGAUUGAAACCUACGAAAUACUUGCCGUUCCGAGUUUUGAAAGCAUACUUGCAUUGACCAUGGGCAUGCUCAAGGCUCAGGGUGAAGGAAAGCCGUACCUAUAUUGGAACCUUGUCUCUGCUGCUGUUACCCAUUGUCAAUCGCUCGGAUACCACCGUGAAUUGACGUAUUCAAAUGUCCCAUCCAGUCAAGCCGAGAACAUUCGACGAUUGUUUUGGACAGUAUAUGCCUUUGACAAAAACAUGUCUCUUGUGCUGGGUCGUGUUUCCAAUAUGCAGAGUGUCGAAAUUGACACACAUCAUCCUAUUGUUUCUUCUGAUCUUGCUCUUCGGGCAUGGGAUGAGUCUUUUAUUAAGGGAAUAAACCUCGCGGAGCUUCAGGGUCGAAUCUUCGCUGGUCUUUAUUGCAACGUGACCAUGGUCAGAGAUUUAUUUGAGCGCACACAGCUUAUCAGUGACCUGGCUGCUUCAAUGGAACAAUGGCACGAUGAACUCGAACGGAUUAACCCCGAAGGAGUCAAUAAUCCUCACAUAUUCCACCUGUCUAGAGGAAAUUCGGACAUCUUAUACUAUUCAACCCUGACAUUGCUUUUCCGUGCACCUUCGACUGCUGGAGAAGACCUUCGCAUUGGUUCCGAUUGCUUCAAUGCGGCCUGCAAAAGUUUACAAGCUCAUCUGAGUUUCUUUCCGCAAUACCAAGAAUGUCAACUUCUUACAGACGGAGAAUAUUUCAACUGGAUUCUUUUGUCUGCUUCGUUUGUCCCCUUUAUUGUCACUUUUCUCCACGCCGUUUCUGCCAAGGAUAUGUCGGAUGUUAUUCUGCUUGAACAAGUCCUGAGCACUUUCGAAAACUUCCGAAACGCCUCCCAGGGUUCGCAGCGCCUAUACCAAGUGUGCUCUACCUUUACGCAAGUCGCCAAGAAGCUAGUCAAUUCAGAGCAGUCUCCUAUCGGGAUAUACAACCACCAACAAGACUCUCUAGAAUUUUCAGACUCCUCGCUCAGCACAUCUCUAUUCUAUCCCGAGAUUUUCGAAGAUGCACUUGCACCUGGGGAGAUGGAUUAUGUUGACCCAUCGUAUGCUACGGAUAUUCUGGAUGGCUGGCUUAGCGGACCACCGUUUCCGUGGGAUAAAUUGGAUGAUUAACUUGCAACAGUGAUAACUAGGUGAAGACUGCGUGGUUCAAAAUAAACUGAUGCAGUAUUGACAAACAAUACAUGAAAAGCUUUACUUCUGACACUUGUAUUGUAAUAUUAAAUUUCCUAUUUUGAUUCAGUUGUCUAUUUGGUGAUACCGUACAUGCUGCUCACUGCGCUUGGGAUCUUGAAUGCUCCCCAUCAACCUCAUCUCUUCCGCUCUUCGAGCGAAGUGUCUGC